AAGUAAAAAGAUCGAGUCUACGUGUACUUUUAUGAUAAGGCUUCCCCUUUCAAAGAAAUGGACUAUCCCAUCAAGUAGCAUCCAAGAUGGCGCUGGGUCUGUAUUCGCUGAUCGAAGCUGCACUGCUCUGUGUGAAUGCGAUUGCCGUGCUGAAUGAGGAGAGAUUCCUGUCUAAAGUUGGAUGGGCCACAGACACAGUCAGUGGGUUUGGUGAGCAGCCUGGGAUGAAGUCACAGAUCAUCAACCUCAUCAGAUCAGUGCGCAUGGUCAUGAGGAUACCCCUGAUUAUUGUGAACACUAUAACUAUAGUGCUUCUCCUGCUGUUUGGAUAGCAGACAUCUUGACAUUUACAUUGUUACAAGACUUCGACCUGCUCCAAGAUACAAUAAUCCCAGCCCAUGAGCGUCUUCUAUCCAAGUGGUGUGGGACAACAUCUUUUCCCCUGGUUGAAUUCAUACCACAACUCCUAUCAAUACAACCCUAUGCUGGUGAUACUGGGUUUGACACUAGUCUUGACCAAAAUCAUAUAAUGUAUGUUCUUAUAGUAUAUAAAUUUUCAGUUUUGGUAAUGCAUAUUUUCAUGUAGUAAAUCUCUUCAAUGUGUAUGGUCUCUGUAACUUGUGUUUGCAAAUGUCAAGCAAAUGUCAUUUCCCUGGUGGUGCAAGCUAAUGUUACAAAGACAUGACUUUAUUGAGUUCAACUUACAUCUGAAGGAUUCAGAAUGAUCUGGGACAUGUUUUUUCCACAUAAGAUAAUAAGUUAAUAAGUAUCUCAGAUGAAGUUGUGUUUGUUGGGCUGAAAUGUAGGUAAAAGCAAAACUGGCCUUGAAAUGUGAAUCUAGAUGUGCAACUUGAGGCAAAGUUAACAUUAGUGUUCGGUAAGGCUAGGAAUUCACACAGAGACAACGUCAGCUUUUACACUGCCUUAUUAUGUAAAGUUUUUAAAGAGCACAUGUACAAUGUCAUGAACGUAACACUAACAGGAUGGGCAUUUGUAUAGUUUUUCAAAUAUUCAUGAUUAAACACACAUUAAGACAUAUGAUAAUCUUCAUUCUCUUGUCUUACUUUUUCCAUAGUUGAUCACAAAUACCAGGUAAUGGGCUGAACACGCCCUAAAACCUCCCAAACUUAUACAGGUCUCCUGAAUUAUGGAUUGCACAUGCCAGAUUCUCAUACAUGUCUCAAUGUAAACUCCUCACUCUCCAAAUCUGUAUCAAUCUUUUCCAUAAUGCUUCAUACCAACACCGAUGAACUUUCAUGCUAGUACAUGUGUUGCCUUUUCAAGUAACAUUCCUACAUUGCACCUCUUCUUCACUGUUAUCUGUCAUUGCAUCACAUCUCGUACCUUCUGUAGCCUAUUCACCUCUCAUUAUCAACUUUUCAUGGCAAUCAUCAGCUUUUCAAGACAUUAACGUUCUGCUUUAUAUAAAACAAUAUAUAAUAUUUAAAUAUUUAACGUACCAAGGCUAGAUUCAAACAUAAAUUGAGCUGCAAUAUUGAAGGAUGCA